AUAGUAGUACUACAGUAGCGGUAGUGUGUACGUCAAGAGUACAAGCGAGGACUUUAAUUGACAAUGUCGUAUGGAAGUGGUGUUGACAGAUUCAUCAUCAUCAGGAAGUGCUUCUUUUCUCUAUAAUUUUUUGAGCUCUGAUAGAGUUCUCCUUUUUCAUGCACACCAAAGUGCUCACUGUUAAGCAGGCCGAAAAAAACCUAAUUUGCUUUGCAACAGUUACUGCAGUUCUUUCUAAUGUGAAUGUGGUCCAUGGCAAUGUGAGGAUCCAGAACCAGCAAGGAGGAAUGGCGACGCAAGAAGAUGGCGGGGAACGGCGAAGCGCAUGGAAGAAAUAUUUGAGUAGCAAAGUGUUUGGUCCGCAAUGGGCCGUGUGAUUGUAAUAAGGCCGUGUAUGGAGCUGAUACUUGUAUCGUGCGUGUAUAAAACGCUAAGAACGAAAAGGCUGAAGGCAGCAAAUGAGAAAUAACAGAAUCGUUCCCCUGCCUGUCAUUCUGUUCUUCUUCUUCCCUGAUUUCUCCAAUUCUUCUCCGCUCAAUUCCUCUAUCAGUUCAUUUGCUGACAAUCUGGUAUCAGACUUGUUGCAAUCCUGGAGGGCAUUACGCAACCACCGGUUCGGCGGACACGUUCAUCGACAGCCGCGGGCAUGGAGGUGGCGAUGAAGAAGGUGCUCGACGAAAUGUCGCACAUGGAGACGCGUUUGCUCGCUGCGAUAGUAGGACCGUCCUACUAGGACGCUGCGACGAUCUCGAAUGCAGGAUGGAGGAGUCGGAACAAAAGACGGAGGCACGUCUUAUCUCCCUGGAGAUGGACUACGGCCAGAUUGAAGGGUGGAAACCAGAGGUCGAGAAGCGUCUCAAGAACUUGAUGCUGGAAUUGAAACGCGCCAAUAAAAUCAUGGAGCGCGGGAUUCUGGAGAACGAUGGACCACAACACGGUCUGCUGCGUCCUGAAGGGUCAACGGCCGCGCGCACAUCUGUCGGGAUUCACACCGUCGACGGGCCUAAUGGCUACCGCGGGGAUCAUGAUCACCGGGAUCGCGGGUUUGGACACGUCACGUUCCAAACCCACGGCCCGGUCAAGGGCUUCAACCGUGGGGGUGUGUUUUCAAAGGUCCAACUGUUUCUGCAUUUCCAUAUGCACCACGACAUGGUUACGAUGGCUUCCAUUUUCCAAGGACGGGGCAUGCGCAUUCUGAUUGUUAGAGAAGCCAAAGGUAUGUUGGAGAUGUGGAGAGGCGUGACCCUAAUCAGAUGCCAGCACCUUCGACUGUAGCUGCACCUCAGGAAUAGGUGUGGAACUGUUUCUUCUCUUUGAAUAAUACAGUUUUUGAAUGUAUAUGAGUCCAAAUCCAUACCUGUCUUCGGAGCAGGGAUCUAGUGUUGAGCUUGUCUUUGAGCAGGAGCCAGAAGAAGACUUUUUUGCUUCGGCUGGUACUUAGAUUUCUACAUCCAUUUGUAGAUCGGGUGAGCCUGCACACCCCCUGUCAUGUGUUUGUAAGAGCGCUGGGAUGAAUAUUUGAGUACCUCUCUCCAAUAUGUCCACUUGUCUAGCUGCCCAUGGGUGUGGUGUUCGUGUAAUGUACUGGUAAGCAUUUGAUAUUGCUGAUAAGCCUCAUUGGAUAUAGAGGCCUGGAACAUCUCAUGGGGUGAUAGCAUCAUUGCCUGUUUUACCGUGAUGUCUUUCUUGAUUGCAUACGAAUGUAGUUCGGGGAAUUCUUCCGUUUGAAUCUUGCAAGUCCACUUAUCAUUCCAGAGCUGGAUGGUGCGGCCAUUACCCAUUUUAAUCUGGAUGAGCUCCUAUAAGUGGCCAGGUUUUUAAGGAUGUCUCUCUACUAGAACAACCCCACUUGAUGAUCUGAGGGCGUUGCACCAUCUUUGUAGUGAUUUUCUCAGACAAUGUCAACCCAUGGGGUGUCUUCUCUAUUUAGCAUUUUGUGAAGAUUCUUCAUCAGCAUAGCUCUAUUUUGGGUGUUUAAGUGGAUGAUCCCGAGCCCACCUUGACUUUUUGGUUUACAUGAUAAAUCCUAUGCAGCUGAGGUGGUCGUUUUGCAUUGAUGACUGAGCCUCUCCAAAAGUAGUGUCUUCUAUAUUUAUCUAUUUGCCUUAUCACUGUUUGGGGAAGUUUAAGGGUGCACAUGUAGUAUGUGGGUAGAGAUGAGAAAACCACAUUCACCAUUUGAAGACGACCGGCCUGCGACAGGAAGUGGGAGGUUGAUGAUAAUCUUCUUUCGAUUUUCUGAAUUAGUGGUAGGAAUGCAUCAAGUUUUGGUUUGCGUAGCCCCAUGGUGAGACCUAGGUAUGUAAAGGGAAGAGUUCUAAUCUGGCAUUGAAAAGUAUUCGCCAACAGACUCAUUCAUUGUUCUGGAACAUUUAUAGGAUAUAUACUUGAUUUCUGGUAGUUGACCUUGAGCCCUGUAGAUUCUGCAAAUGAUAUUACCAUUGCUUUCAGGAAAAAUAAUUGUUUGGGGGCAUGCUUCCAUUAUCAUUAUCAUUAUCAUGUCAUCUGCAUACUGAAUAAUUGGGAAGUCUUGCCCACAUCUCUGUUGCAAAGGUAAUCUGAUUAAUCCUAGGUCCUUUGCCUUGUUCAUUAUAGUUUGAAGUAGAUUUGCUGCAAGGACAAAGAGAUGGGGGGACAGCGGGUCACCUUGCCUGACUCCUCUUUUACAGUGGAAUUGCUUGCCUGGGUCUCCAUUUAGUAAGAUCUCCAAAGUACUAGAGUCCAUGAUCAUUUUGAUCCAGGUUAUCCAUUUAGGUCUGAAUCCUUUGUGCUUCAGAAUGUCUAUUAUCACUUUAUGUUCCGGUUUGUCAAAUGCUUUUUCAAAGUCCAGUUUCAAAAUCACCAGCUCUUUUUUUGUUUGUUUACAUAGGAAUAAGUAUUCAAAGGACCAAGCAAGACAGUCUUGGAUAGUUCUCUCCUUUAUAAAUCCAUAUUGAUUUAUGUGCACUAGCUUAGUGAUAACCUUUUGCAUCCUGUUGGCGAGGAGUUUUGUGAUCAGUUUCACACUU